AUGCUUCCUACUCUCGACAACGUCACCUACGAUACUCUCAAGCAUAAGAUGAUCGAAGCUUGGCAAGUCGAUGUUGAUUCGUUGGAAACAGAUUGGCAAGAUCUUACACCGUUCAACAACGCAGCGGUCAAGGUGAUUCAUUUCCAUGGCGAGUCUGAUGCCAUUGUUCCAACAGCAGCUUCUGUUCGCUACUACGAGUCCGUUCAUGACAUCAUGUCCCCUUACAUGACAUUCAACGAGAGUGCAGCUCACUGCGCGACCAAUGGCCUCGAACCGAAAGGAUCAUUUCUUCCAACCAACCUAGCUGUCCUAAUCGAUUGGGCUGAGAAUUGGAGUGAGCUUACUACUUUGACUGCGACUCAUUCAGGUGGUGGUAAUGUUGGUGCCAAUGCGCAGCUUUGUGGGUGGCGGAGGAGGCCUCCGUGGACGAAUGAUGGGACGACUAUGGACUGUCUUUUCGAUCAGGCUUCGUAUGACACUUGGAUCUAUGACUGUGACGGGGUGCCAUUGCCUGUGUACUGA